GUCGAUUGUGCGGAUUCGAGGAUUUACCUCGAGGAAGGUUGAAAAUAACAACAGGGAGAAGUUAAAGCGGUUGGGGAUGGGGCGGAUGUGCUCGAACUUUCUGCUUUUUCUGUUUGAAACGUUACGAGUUCCUGGGUUUUGUAAGACAAUGCCCUCUAUCAGAAUCAGUCAGAGCCGGAUCUCCCAUUGGCUGCUGCAGCAGGGGUCAGACCUGAGUGAACAGAAGAAAAGGGCAUUUUACAGGUGGUACCAGCUUGAGAAGACAAAUCCUGGGGCUACGUUAAGCAUGAGACCCGCUCCUAUCCCAAUAGAAGAGCCAGAAUGGAGACAGACGCCUCCCCCAGUCACAGCUACCUCUGGGACCUUCAGACUACGGCGAGGCAGUCGGUUCACGUGGAGAAAGGAGUGCCUGGCCGUUAUGGAAAGUUACUUCAAUGAGAAUCAAUAUCCAGACGAGGCAAAGAGAGAAGAAAUUGCAAACGCCUGUAAUGCAGUUAUACAAAAGCCAGGAAAAAAGUUGUCAGAUUUGGAGCGAGUUACGUCCCUUAAAGUGUACAAUUGGUUUGCCAACAGAAGAAAGGAAAUCAAGAGAAGAGCCAAUAUCGAAGCAGCAAUCCUGGAGAGCCAUGGAAUAGAUGUACAGAGUCCGGGAGGCCAUUCCAACAGUGACGAUGUUGAUGGCAACGACUACUCGGAGCAGGACGCUUGGCAAGUACGCAACGGGGAGGAGGAGGGAAGAUGUUCGGAGGGAGGCAGAGAAGCAGAGAAGGAUGACAGCACUAGCCAUAGUGACCAUCAAGACCCCAUUUCAUUAGCCGUGGAAAUGGCAGCGGUAAACCACACCAUCUUGGCACUGGCCCGGCAAGGAGCCAACGAGAUCAAGACAGAGGCUCUAGAUGACGACUGAUACUGGAAAAGGGGAGGGUCAAAGCAAGAAGUAACUUAGUUUUUAGACGUAGCACCUUAGCAGACUUUCCUCGGUCCUUAAUAUGUGUUCUUACAGUAUAACUUUGCAGUUUCUUGUACGUCCAGUUAGCUGUUAGGGUCUUGUUCUGUGAAGAUGGCAUGGUGCCCUCAGCCUUUGCAUAUACUCUCUCAGUAUUAAUUCCCAAUAAAUAAUCAAUCAACCAGUCAACCUCCUUCUCCCAGCCCCAGUGGCUAGAAA